AUGUCAAUCGCGACCCCCAUCAACCUCAUCCUCCUAUCUCUCUUCGCAAUCCUGGUCUACAUGCAACUCCGCCCCAAGGCGCCCGUCGCCCUCCCGCAAGCUCCCCCACCCGUCGUGUUCCGCACCUUCACACCAACAACCCUCCUCGAGUACAAUGGCGAAGGCGAUAAACCCGUCUACCUUGCCGUCCGUGGACGAGUCUUCGACGUGACCCCAGGCAAGAACUUCUACGGCCCUGGCGGACCAUACGAGAACUUUGCCGGCCGCGACGCAUCGCGUGGUCUGGCGCACCAGAGCUUCGAUGUCGAGAUGCUCACUAAGGAUCUAAAGGGUCCUCUGGAUGACCUCGAAGAUCUCAACGAGGAGCAGUUGGAGAACCUCCAGUCCUGGGAGGAGCGGUUCCUGGAGAAGUAUCUCGUCGUGGGUAAGUUGGUUGCAGAGGGUGAUCCAGAGGCGCCAAAGUCGUGA